UUGUUCACUUGUUCAUAAGUUGAUUAAGAGAUUGGCUGAUUUUUUAUUUACUCGUGAUUUGAUGUGGUUUACUUGUUUUUUGACCUGCUGCCUGGCAGGACGGCAGCAGGGCAAUGGAGAUACCAAAAAAACAACUAAGAAGAAAGUUAAGAAAUACAAACUGGAGGAAUUGAGGAGCGAACUUGAAACUUUGGGUGUUAUUGUUGAUGAAGACAGUCACAAAAACAAAAGGAAGACAAAAAGGGAACUCCGCAAACUCCUCGUCAGGAAACUACAACAGGUGGACUUGGAUAGCGCUAGAAAGGACAUCCAUGGCAAGACCAUCAAGACAGCUGAGGAUAGCAAGGAGGGCUUCACUCUGAACAUCGAUAUUCCUGAGGAUGUCGUGAGAGUCAUACAUGAUCUGGAUGCUUUUCUUAACAAAGAGAUGGAAGAAAUGGAAACCAAUGAAAACAGGGAAAUUGAUGUGAAAUUCAUGAUGAACAAUCUUUUGGAUGCAGUUGAGAAGAUAAAUGGCAAAGACGGAAAAGAGCUUGAGACCGAGGAACGGCAGAGGGAACAUGACGUGAAAGCUAUACUUGACAGUCUUCUGGGUGAAGUGGAUUCAACACUGGGUUUGAACAGAGAAGAGGAAAAGGUGAAAGUGUCGAGUCCUUGCAGUGGAGACCAGAGGGAGGAGAAGACAGGAGAGGAGGUCCGCUUCUGGAUUGCCAGAGAGGACAAGAGGAACCCUUACUGGUUCAUCCCCAGGAGGAGGUUUCGAGGGGUGGACAGAAAUAGCACAAUACAGGAGACCGACUUGUGAUGAAUCGACAGGGACAUCAAACAACACCAAUAUCAUCACAUUUCUUUCCAUGUCCGCUGUUUUUAUUAAACACCUUUCACAGA